AUGCUGGUGAGCCCCGCGACUAGCGGUAGGACCGCCGCCCCGCCGCCGGUGCCCCCACGGCCCAACAAGCUGGUGGUGGCUGCUGCACUCGCGAAGACUCGCGCCGGGGGCGGCGCCCUAUCGGUACCGACGCGCAAGGCGCCACCCCCGCCCGUUCCAGGCGAGCCGGGGGUGGUGCGCGCUGCCGCCGCUAGGCUAGCUGCCGCUGCUGCCUCCGCGUCGCCAACCCCCGAGAGGAAGCUGCUGACCAGGCAUUCUGAGGUCAGCGCGUCUGGAGCGUCGCUGCCUGCUGCCAGAGUCUGUGACGUGAGGCUGCAGCAGGCUAUCCCCAUUGGAAGGUCCACCGGAUCGAGACAGCAAUUGUCCGCACCCAACGCAAGACCCAGUGAAGCUGGACAACAACAGUCUGCUCCCAGUGGUAAACCUGUGGAAAGACAGCAACACUCCACCCUCAAUGGCAGACCUGUGGAGAGACAGCAACACUCCACCCCCAAUGGCAGACUUGUGGAAUCGACACAGCAGCAGUCCACCACCAGUGGAAGACCUAGUGAGUCCUUCCAUUGUGUAAGACCUGUGGAGUCGGGGCACCAGCAGUCUAUCCCCAAUGGCCGACUAGUGGAGUGGAGACAGCAACAGUCUGUCCCCAGUGGAAGACAACAGUCCACCCCAAAUGGAGGAAUUGUGGGAGAGUCCGCCACCAACGGAAGGCUCACAGAGCCAGAUCAGCAACAAUCCAUCUCCAAUGGAAAACUUCCAGAUUCGAAUCAGCAGCAGUUGUCUGUCUCCAUUGGAAAACCUGCUGAGUCGAGACAGCAGCAGUCUGCGCCACCUCCUGCACUGCCCCGCAUUUCCUCAACGAGCAAGCCUGUCGAGCUGCGGCAGCAGAAGUCUCAUGCACCACCCCCGCCACCCCCAGAGACCAAGUUGAUGGACGACGAAAUUGCACCUCAUAGAGAGCAGUGCACGUUUCAGGAACAACCGACACUGCUGCCGUCACUAAAGACUAAUAUAUCCUCUACACAGACCAAGGUCUCUCCUACAAGCGUCGUGUCUCACACCUCGGAACAGAGGCUACCGUCAAAAGAUGCCAAAGAGGUACCGCGACAGCGCUCUCUGUCAGAAUUCAGAGGUAAGCCAGAAGAGCCGCUCGAACAGGAACUUAGUCACCAAUCACUUCCGCACACUGUAGUGCCAGCACCAAGAAGCAUAGCGGGCAGCUUAGAGCGGAAAUCAGAACAGAAAACACCACCAAAGGACGCCAAAGAGCUGGUCAAGGAAGUCUGUAAACCAAACAGUCGACCAGACAGUGGACGUGCACAAGAUCAUACACCACCACUCCUGUCUGAAAUCAAGAUAGAAGUAAAACCUCAACAGAGUCUAGAACGGGAAGUUUUACCAGAAGAUGACAAAGGUGUGAACUCUGCAGAUUCAAACUGUCGUGAAACGUCGCUCUGCAGCCGAGAGUCGAAAGUAAAAUUAACAUCAGGAGAAAAAUCGAGAGAUCUAGUCCACACAAGUGGCGUCAAAGGGUUAGUGUCAUUGGAGCAAAUCCCAAAACAAGCACAUGAGACUAACUGCACAUCUAAACAACUGUCUUUGGCACGAAACGGCGUUCCAGUGACGUCAGAAGGAGAACGUUGCGUCAGUGAGAGCAAACUUGGGUCUACGGAGAUCGGUGGAGUGGAGCAACAGGCAACAGAGAGUAAAGGAACCUCGCAGAAGAGUGCAGUGCAAGACAUUUCGGUGGUGCAAUCGUAUAGCAGUUGUGCUGUUCGCGAUGACACCGCCAAAGCGGAACUGUGCAGUUUAACAGUCGUUCUCGGUCCCCGUCAGCUUGCAGAGCGAGAUUUGCAAGCCGCGCAGGUAGCUACCAAACUGGAUGGCAUUAACAAAAUUUCGAACGGAGCCGAACCUGGUGAAGUUUCUGAAAGCCAAGUGGAGCGAAUGAGUGAUGAGCAGUCUAAUGGCUGCGUUGAGCUGCGUCACCGGUGCGAUUGCCAGGAGCAGCAGCAGCAACAGAUGGAGAAGGAACAGAGGAGCCGCUGGAAGACUCCAGCCAACAUGUUGCCCACAGGUCAGCACCGCCACCACCCCGCCAGGAUUCGCCACGACAGCGACCGGCUCGUCGACGAUCUCGUCAACGAACUCAAGACCACAGCCGACCAGCGGCGCAUGCUCCAGAACGGCUUCGCGCACGACCAGUACGUAUCGACAGGCUGCGCUACUCUCCUGCUUCUUCCUACUUGA